CACUAGCCUUUCUUUCAUCUUGUGUUUUCGGCUUAAGAUAAGCGUCCACUCCGCCCAAAUCCUUAUCUCUUCUUGACGAGGUUGGCACCAAGCAUUAACGUGAAGCAGGUGUUUCAGGUGAAUCCUUGAAAUCGAAUCCAUGGCUACUAAGCAUGUCUACCUGCCCUUAAAACAAUCACGAAAGCGGUCCCCAAAGUCGUUAUGGGAACGAUGCAAGAUACUGGGCGUGUUUGCGAUCGCGAUUGGAAUGCUUCUAAUCGCCACGGAUUUUGAUCCGGUCUCCUCAUUACGAGCGUUCGCCCGAAUUUUAAACAAGAAAUUUCAUGAAUUUGAACCUUACAUCAGUAGGGAUCCUAGUGAUUGCUUUGUUAUCCUUUGGACCAGAGUGAACCCCUCCAACUACCAAGUGAUAUCAUCUAAUUCUGUGCAAGACAUCGAAAUGUCUAAUUUUAACAGAUCAUGGCCAGUAAAGAUCUUUGUUCACGGAUUCUCGGACACUGCAUCGACCCAAUGGACAAGGCUACUCAAGGAUGCAUAUCUCAGAUUUGGCGACUACAACAUAUUUUCGAUUGAUUGGACCAUUUUGGCCAUGACGCCAUGGUAUUCGGUGGUGGCCCAGAAUUGUGAUUAUGUCGGGAUGUAUGGAUCUGAAUUCAUCAACAUCCUUCUUAAUGAGUUUGAAGUACCCAUAGAGAACAUUCACCUGCUUGGGGCAAGUAUUGGGGCUCAAGCAGCCGCUCAUAUUGGCUAUUACAUGAAUGGCAGUCUCCCCAGACUCACUGGGUUGGAUCCCAGUGGGCCCCUAUUUCACACAGCCCCCGCACGAUACCGAUUGGACCCAAGCGACGCCCAAUUUGUGGACGUCAUCCAUUCUGCGGGCCGAUGGGUGGGCAAUGAUGAUAUCACGGGACACGUGGACUUUUUCCCCAAUUUAGGAAAGGCUCCCCAACCAGGUUGCAAAGGAAAGGAAUCUGUGGACUUGAGUUGCUCUCAUUUUCGAGCAUGGCACUUUUUUGGCACAUCCAUCUCUUUGAGCCCGCCUCAUUACUACGGUAUAAAAUGUGAAUCCGAGGAGGAUUUCCUCUCUGACAGGUGCUGCAUGAAAUUGGACUCAUUGGAUACUGUUAUCAUGGGACAUCACACGCCAAACACCACCAGGGGGAAAUAUUAUUUGUAUACAAAUUUUCUUGAUCCAAAGCCAACCAUUCAGGAAAGCACAAGUUGUAAGUGGGUGACUGACGUAGAUGAGAUUGGCGAUUCAAAAGAUAAUAAAGUUCGUUGAAUUAUUCGAAAAAUUAAGGGUCACGAACUAAUGUGACUGUCAUGGGGAUCCGACAGUGCUUUUUGAACAACAAAGUUACCCUCUCUCUAUGUCACAAAAGUCGUUUUUUAUAUAUGAUUGCUUUUAUUUCAAGCGCUUUUUGUUACAAUUCCUUUACUUGACCCUU